CUCUUCUUGUACACUGUUUAUAGAUUCCUACUGCUCGCAUCUGUAGGGAGCGUUCUAGGUGUGGAUUCCAUGUUUACGUGUGUAGCUGGCGGCGACUAUGGCUUCGAUUGCGAGUGAAGUCAUUUAUCCUCCUUCUUACGUCAGAACUGUGAUUGACAAAACUGCGCAGUUUGUUGCCAAGAAUGGAGAGCAGUUUGAGCAAAAGAUUCGCCUCGAACAGUACGAUGGAUCAGGGGCUUCGAGCUCCAAGUUCUCCUUUCUGGAGCCAGGCAACGCCUACUAUACCUACUACAGGCUAAAACUGUCGGAACUACAGGGGAACAAGGUCGUUGAUCUUGUCCCUUCGAUUCCUCAGGCCAUUCUCGAUAAGCGCAAGAAGCUCGAGCUCAAGAAUAAGCAGAAGGAACAGCUGCUGGCACUAUCAGACUUUGGGUCGUCCUCAGAGGCCCUGGAGAGACCUGAAAGUGACGUCUUCACAUUUGAACAGCCGUACAUUACUUCUCUGGACAUGGACAUUAUAAAGCACACUGCCCUCUUUGUUGCUAGGAAUGGACAAAAGUUUCUGGUAGAGUUGACAAAGCGUGAGAGGAGUAACCCUCAAUUCGACUUUCUGAACCCAUCGCAUCAUCUGUUUGGCUACUUUAGCAACCUUACGGAUGCAUAUACAAAGUGUUUGCUCCCUCCAGGACCUCAGAUUGAACGGCUAAAGACUAUUGCCAAAGAUAGAAUAAAGUACUUGAGAAUCUGCCAGAGACGUGCAGACUGGGACGCUCAAGAGGCGGCCAAGAUUGAGGCAGAGGCCAGGAGAAAGGAGGAAGAGAGAGCAGAGAUGCAGUCAAUCGAUUGGUAUUCUUUCUUUAUCGCAGAGACCAUCAACUUUAGUGAUGUAAGUUUUACACUCUCAUCGUCUAUACAAAUUGUGCAGUUUAAAGACGAUUUGCCGGUGCCCAUUGAUUUCUCACAGCCAGAGGCCCUGGCUAAGCUUACCUUUAAAUCGCUCUUUACCCCCAAGACUACAAAGGAGGAUGCGCCGCCACCACCAAUUGUCACUGUUGACGAUGUGGAUGUUGCAGAGUGUACCAUACCAUUUGACGAUGACUUGAGAAAGUCUGACGUAUCAAACUUUUCAGACGUCCCACCUGCUAAAAGAUCUAACCGUGAGGAGACUAGAAUCGUACAAGAUGGUGAUGAGACCAUAAAGGUCAAGAAAUCGUAUGUGAGGACCAAAAAGUCUUCGGGGUCGCAAAUGCAAAAAUGUCCAAUUACCGGUCAAAUGGUUCCCGCUUCAGAAAUGUCCGAGCAUCUUCGUAUUCUCCUAUUGGAUCCAAAGUGGAAGCAACAAAAGGACAAGUUCAUGGAAAGGGCAGCUAUGGAGUCUGCAUUCGCUCCUACAGAAGAUAUCGAAGGGAACCUGUCAAACUUCGUGGCUAGCAGACCAGACCUGUUUGGCUCUGUAGAGGAUGAGGUUUGUUCUUUUUCGCCACUUAAUGCAUUUACAGAUUUUGGAUCAUACAAAGGGAGGUCAGAAUACAGGUGA